AUGGGGAUCAGGAAAUUGAUCGUGCAGACGGAUUCACAGACGGCUAUUCGGCUUAUCACGACAGCGGGGCUUCGACACCCACACUCAGCUAUGAUCCAGGAAGCACGAAGGCUGCUCGCUCAGGAGUGGGAGGUGGAGCUUCUUCAUGUCUUUAGAGAGGGUAAUGUCGUUGCUGAUUACUUGGCGUCCCUAGGCCAUGGCCUCCCGCCGGGUGAUCACAUAAUCAAUACCCCCUAUCAUAUGCUCUCAUAUUGGUUGUAUUAUGACUUGUUAGGGGUUAGUUUACCCCGUUUGAUUCCUGAUAAUAUUUAA